CUUUCAUAAUUAGUCCAAUAAACUCUCUCGGAUGUACCCUAUUUGUACUUGCUCCCUGGAUUAGUGGAAGGUACUACUGGACAGUGCACCUUUGUGUCCGUAAUAUUACUUCACCUACCUCUACGGUCUUUGAUAUUGUCGGCCUAAGUAAAUCUCACCCCACUCCUGUGUUAACUGACAUGGAUAAAGUAAAUAAACCCUCACCAGCGAUAACUAUUGACACUAAAAGCCCUUCUGUUGAUGAGACAUUUCAGACGGUUACAGGCAUUUCCGCUAGCACUAACAAUUGGUUACUCCUGGCUGAACAAGCAGCUAAUGCUUCAGAUCAAGAUUGUCUAGUUUGCCUUUCAGCUCGUCCUACUCUCCGUAUUGUACCACCUCCGAUCCCUCCAGAAUGUUUUCUUCAUUUGAUGAACGGGACUUCCCUAAAUUCUAAUUGUACUAAGUUUGGACAAAUCUUUCCAAAGCAAAAACCAGGUGAUGACAUUGGUACGCCCUUCUUUUCAAACAUUGUGGCCCCUAAUAACUUCAGUUGUAUUCAUCUAAUUGGACGAGGCGGUCCUUUUCUAGGGAAUGUCACCACUACUUGGUGCGUUAAUACAACCGUGUCAGUUUCAUCACAAUUCAAACCCAAAAAGCGUGCCAACCUAUGGUGGUGGUGUGGUGCUCCACAACUCUAUAAUGGUUUUCCCAGGAAAUCUUCAGGUUUGUGUGCCCUUAUUACUUUACUGUUACCUGUCACUGUAACUCCCGUAACACUUCGUGAUACCCCUAUUUCCAGCUCUUACUCUAGCAUACGGCGAAAGCGAUCUGUACCAGCUUUACCUGCAUUUCACAAUCCCACUUAUAUAGAUGCCAUUGGCGUCCCCAGAGGUGUUCCCGACGAAUACAAAUUAGUUGACCAAAUAGCCGCCGGAUGGGAAUCUAUUUUUGUCUGGAUAACUCCCAAUAAAAAUGUCGACCGCAUUAACUACAUCCAUUUCAAUGUUCAACUCUUAAGUAACUACACUCGUACUGCACUUGAGGCAGUUCACCAACAACUAUCGGCUACUUCCUUGAUGGCGUUCCAAAACAGAAUUGCUGUAGACAUGCUGUUAGCUGAAAAAGGGGGCGUGUGUUCCAUGUUUUCUCAAAAUUGCUGUGUUUACAUACCCAACAAUACGGCCUCGGACGGUAGCUUAACUAAGGCCUUAGACGGCCUCCGCUCUUUGACAGAAAAAAUGAAAUCCCACUCUGGUGUAGACACCUCCAUGUGGGACUCUUGGCUUGAUGUAUUUGGUAAAUACAAGUCGCUCGUUUCCUCCGUCCUGGUGUCAAUGUCUGUCUUCGCUGCCAUUCUUGUUACAUGCGGUUGUUGCUGUAUCCCUUGUCUUAGGCAACUAGUCCAGAGAUUGAUUACCAUUGCCAUCUCUCCUCCACCUGCUGACCCAAUUAUCCAGAUGCCCUUGUUACUAGCCAAUCCUAACAUCUAUUUGGGAGGGGAACCUUCUGAUGAAAGUGAUGACUCUCAUGAUGAAGAAGAUGUUGUUAGAGUGUGAGAAUAUUGAGUGAUUUAUGUAACAAUCCCUUAAACUGUUUAUUUCUAUGAGUUUUUUGAUUGUGUUGUUUUUAUUUUUUUGAUCAUUGAUGUCCUAGGCAUGCCCACUCUGUGCCAAAAGGCGUUCGCCUCAAAAUGAGGGGACAUGGGGGAAUUUUCCCUAUUUGACGUACAUAAUUAGGGUUUUUCGCCCUCAUACGGGUGUGCAUGCGAUCCAUACAUGUUGUAACAUGUUCAGUUGAAAGUAUAAUCAUGUUUUUUGUAUUAGUUUACUGCUAGAGAUGUGAGAAAAUGUAAUCUGAUUGAUUGUUUGUAUUGGUGUUUUAAAACUCUGCUUAUUAUAUUCUUUUUGAUGGAAUUUGGGGUUGUUGUUGUUUUGAUUUCCUACAUCUUUGUUGAACUCUUAAAAGAGUUCAAAAGGGGGAUUGAAAAUAUAUGUAACUCUCAUAUAAGCUCUUUUAUUAUUCAUUCUUACAUGCUACUCUUUUCAUUAUGGGAUCAUGUUAUAAUAUUAAAGGCCUCUCUGUGUUUCUCUCCUGCACAAGCUCUUAAAACAGCUGCAGGAACUCCAAAAGGGAGAUGUUUCUGCUCAUCUUAUAAUUACAAGUUCUUGUGACAUGUUAGAUCCUGCCUAACAAGGCAAUAUAUAUAUGUAUUUACCUUAUAAGCUCAUUUUAUUAUUCUAUGCUAUGGAAACUCGCUCAGAUACUCAAGGCCUCCACACAAAGAUUAAUAGCUGUGUAUCUUCUCCUGCACCAGAGA